UCAGUAACCGGGUUAAAUCGAUAAUAUUGGUUGAGAUCGGGUAGGUCGGGUCAAAUCGAGAAUAAACCGGCCCGUUUGACACCUCUACGUGUGAAACUGAGUCAGGUCGGGUCAGGUAAAGAACCGUAUUAAACCAAUAAAUUGAUAUUAGUGUGUGAGAUCAAAUCGGAUCGGGUGAAUAACCAGGUUAAACCGGUAAACACCGGGUCAGGCCCGAUUCGCUAUGUUUCUUGAGCGAAAGGAAAUCACAGAAGUCUUUUUAGUGAGGUAAACAAAACCAAAACCAUCAGAUCUUAAGAAGAAGAACCUAAAGCUCACUACGAUAUUUUUCGAGAAUAUGACGACUUUUUCUGUUCCGAUUGAUAACGGAGAUUCUAUGAAGAUCGCAGAAGAAGAAUCACAAAGAACACUGUACCCAUAUGUUACUGGAACUUCAAUUGUUGCAAUCAAGUACAAAGAUGGGGUUUUGAUGGCUUCUGAUAUGGGAGGUUCAUAUGGAUCAACCUUAAGAUACAAGAACAUCGAGAGAGUGAAGGCUAUUGGUAAGCAUUCUCUUCUUGGUGCCAGCGGAGAAAUCAGCGACUUUCAGGAGAUUCUCCGUUAUCUUGAUGAGCUCACCCUGAAUGAUAACAUGUGGGAUGAUGGUAACUCUUUGGGACCAAAAGAGAUUCACAACUAUCUGACCCGUGUGAUGUACAACCGUCGCAACAAGUUUAACCCUCUGUGGAACACUCUCGUCCUUGGAGGCGUCAAAAAUGGGAAAAGUUACCUUGGAAUGGUGUCAAUGAUUGGUGUUAGUUUUGAGGACGAUCAUGUUGCCACUGGAUUUGGAAACCACCUUGCUAGGCCAAUUCUUCGUGAUGAGUGGCAUGCAGACCUGAGUUUUGAAGAUGGUGUCAAGCUACUUGAGAAAUGUAUGCGUGUGCUUCUUUACCGUGACAGAUCUGCUAUUAACAAGCUUCAGAUAGCGAAGAUCACGGAAGAGGGCGUGACGGUCUCACAGCCAUACUCAUUGAAGACAUACUGGGAAUUCUCGUCAUUCCACAACCCAACUGCUGGUGCUGCAGGCUCCUGGUAAGAAGCCAAGCAACCACAUCGGCUGGCGAUCUUUUAAGGAAGCUUUUAUUUUAUUUUAUGUGAUGUUGUUAAACACUUUGUACUGUAGUUGUUUUACUAUUAAACUUGGUGGUUUCUUUCUGACAGUCCAGAGUUUAGAUCAAUGAGGAUUUAUAAAAAGUACUGGAUAUCUUUGGGUAGUAAUCCAUACCUUUGUUCAUUGUUGAUCGUUCUCCAUCGCUUUUUGGUCUCCUUUCUCUUUUCUCAUUUUAAGUGAAGUUGACACAAUUUGCA